AUGGAUAGCACUCGCCUGCUUCUGGCCACCCUACUGGCCUUCCUCUGCUUCCUCACUGCCUAUAGCCACCUGGCACCCGAGGAGAAUCCCAGAGAUGACAAGAGCCUGAGGAACAACUCUCCUGUGAACCUACUGGAUUUACCUUCUGUCUCUAUUGUGGCACUGAAUAAGAAAUCCAGAAAGAUCAGCAGAAAAGAAGCAGAAAACAGGAAGAGAUCUUCCAAGAAAAAGGAUUCGAUGAAGAAGGUGGCUCGGCCCCGGGCCCUGCUUCCCGCGCCCUGCGUGGCCACCCGCGACAGCUGCAAGCCACCGGCGCCAGCCUGCUGCGACCCCUGCGCAUCCUGCCACUGUCGCUUCUUCGGCAGCACCUGCUCCUGCCGCGCGCUCAACCCCAACUGCUGA